UAUCAUGAUCUCUCUCCUGACCAACAAGCACUGGAUGUCUAGUCGACCAUCUCACAAUGGCUGGCAGAUCAAUCCUCAAGAAAUGAGAUGCACCCCGCGCCUACCACUAUGCAAACUCUAUAGAAAGUUUCAGAACAUCUGCUCUAAUUUUAUAAGAAAGAUUCUGGGCAUAAUGAUAUUGGACAUAAGAUAGACCAGUUUAGAAGUAAGGACAAAUUUCACCAGAGUCGAUCUUUCCCUUGUAGAUAGAGAUCUAGUCUGCCAACUCUCUACCCGUUCCUAAAUGCUCUACUCCAUAUUAGCAUUUUAGCCUCCAUCCGGUGAUGGGUGCAAUGGAUCAUCAACCAGUUGGUUCUUAAUUUACGGACCUUGCUAUAGUCUUAACGAAGCUUGGAUUUUGCCCAAGAGAUCGCUAAAUAAGUACGAUUCCCUCAUUGGCCUGCACGCAAUUUUCUCCAUUUUCUCUGAGCACAUAAACCCUGCUUGUCCCCUUUCCCUUUGAGCCACGUCCCCAAAUGGAUCCCGGAGUCGUAUCCUCCUCCUCCCAAUUCCCCCUGAAACCCUUCAAAUUAGGAUUAGGGUUCCAAAAUUUCACGACGCCGUCUCCUUCCCCUUGCUAUCCCGCCUUUCGUUCGAGGUUUUCUCUCGGUUGGAAGCUUCGGAGCGGCUCCCUCGAGCUCCGAGGGAAGCCGAGGGCGCUCGGGCGAGCGGUCGUGGCGUCGCCGAGGGCGUGCGGAGGGAAAAGCCUGUCGCCGUGGGAUGACAAGCCCUACGAACUGCUUCCAACUGGACGGAGAGCUUAUCUCGAUGAGCAAGACGUAGUGAGCUUCCUCGAUUCUCCCAAGGAGCUCAUCCCCAUCGACCCAGCUUCCUACAACCCUGCCGCCUAUCUCUGGAAGAAAAUUGGAGAUAUUCCAGAAGAAAGGCGGCAUCGGUUGAUUUAUACGCUGAAAGCUAGGCAUAUAUCUAGGAUUUGGGAACUAGCUGGGCAACGCUACCACGAUGCUAAGCUGGCCAAGCAAACAGCAUCUACAUUGUUCUCUCUGGAAGCAGAUUCAAUAAUGAUUGAAGUUUGGAGUGGACGAACAAGCAAAGGGCCUUUGCCAUUUGCUUGGCUUAAUGACUUCAAUAAGGUUAUUUUUCGGGCCAAGGAUGGGGGCACCUAUGGACGUAUAAUCGUUGGUGGAUCAUUUCCAUUCGGUUUAGCAAAUCUUUAUAAUCCACUCUACUUCAGAGUGAGACAGGUGACAGAGGUUAUGCCGACAGAACAACCUUGUGAUGUGGCAUAUGAGUUUGGUGAUGGGCUUUUUGACCCCCAGAACUUUCCCAAAGGCUUCCCAAAAGCAGCAAAACACCCUUGGCCAUUCAAUGAUCAUUUGGUUGUUUAUGUACGUCAUGCUGGACCGGGGGUUUUGGUAGGGCAAGCAUGGCAAGAAGGGAAAGACCUGGAGCAAGUGCCUCAAAAGUUCUGUGGUGAGAUACUGAUGCUGAAAGAUUAUACAGCUAGUGGCUAGUAGUUGAGUGGUUUGACAAGCGUGCUUGUUAUAUCCUAAGGCGAAUCAAUAUAAUGACACUGCAUUCUGCAGCUCAAUAGUGAUCACCAUCCAUCUCAAGCUAUGUGAAUAUCUUCCAUCUGAAUUUAUUUUGAUAAAUUUUGCAACUUAGUUUGUAUGACUAGAUUGCGACCUUUACAUAUCAUUUGUAAGCUUCAUUGGUGUCAUACAUGAUGGGUAGAUAAAUAACAGCAAUUAACUGUUAUUUUGUUACAGGGUGGUUGUAUGACAGCAGUAGUGGGGUGUAAUUUGACAUUUUGGUUAUUUAUUUAAUGAGAGCAAUAUUUACAAUUCGGCACA